UCCUUCAGUUAUGGUCACGUCUAGAUACAGACCACACGGUGAUAUCCUCUGCUCUAUCGGCCAGGUAUAAAUCAGGGAGAUCAGGGUGUACAAUUGUCAGUAAUUGAUUCCCGAUCGGUAUCACCAGCACUGUACGUAUCAAGUCGUGUGUAGCAGAUUUAAGACAAAGGGAGAGUUACCUCCCUUGUCCACUGGGUCACGAGAGAGUGACUCCCCCUUUGUUGCUGGACGUGAUUCCCGGGAGAUUAGCUAUCGCUUAGUCUGCCACAGUAUCGAUCUUCAUGAACGACCGAUUGAAACAAAUCAAAGGAGUAUUAGUUGCAGUUUUGUCACAAUGGACAUCGAUCAGGACUAAGAACGGUUGGCGUGCGGUGCCAGGAAGGGCAGCUAGUCAGGUGUGAGGGAAUACCUAUAGAUUUCUUAUUACUCCUGUCUAGGGAUAAUAGGGGUUGCAUACACCGUGUGCUGGAGCUACCGUCACUGACCAGGCGCCAUAGUCUACUCGUCCAACACCACAGACCAGCAACGCCAUGUCGUCAAGACCCCUGCCAGUUCCAGUGUCAAGGACAUCCACGGAUGACAAGCUCCUUACACUGCCAAGAGGGACACAAACAGUGCUGCGACUUCGCACCCCGGAUCACUUACCAAUGGAUCACAACGCAGACCAAGCCCGGCAUCAGGCACAGCAGCAACGACAUCGGCUUCACGCCACCGUCUACGAUGUUCGCAAGGCUUCCAUGGACAGUGAGAAUCUUCGGCAGUACAGCAGACGGAGGUUUGAGUUCUCAAUCAAGAACCUUUCCAACUCCGACACAUCUGUCAACAUUUUCAGAAUCAAUGACGUGCCACGCCCAAACACCACCCCACACAUUCCCACCCAGACCAACUCCAGUUCUCUGAGGACAGGUCCUACCCAAUAUGGUAGCGUGUUGUAUAACAGGAAGCCCAUGAUGCUCAGUUCCAUCCGGGUUCGACCCCAGUCAGAAGCCGGGAAGUACUCUCACACAAGAGGAAGGACCAACCCUGGCAUUGAGCGGGCCCUGCACCAAAGUAACAGUGACUUCUUCGUGAGAACCACGCCAGUUUCUCGCGGUCAGACGCCACGACCUCAGUGCAAGAUUUCCCGACAGCCCGGCUCGGAUUUCUUUCUGAUACCCAAUGGCGGCAUCACUGAGCCACGUGUUAGAGAUUUUCUUCCAGACUAUGGUAAUGAGAUGCUUCAUCACGAACACACCCUGGAUGGUAGCACGUGCACACGGGUCUCUUCUCGACCGGAGAUGUGUUUCAUGAGGACUGGGUCAGCGCGGAGAGAUGGCUACAUGACAGACAACGCUUCCGACACAUCCAGCGGAUCACGACAUCGUCAACACAGAUCGGCUUCACUGACAAGCGCCCGUCCAACACCAUGCUGCUGGGCAACGUCCAAUACAGCACACACCGCAGAUGUAGCACGACAAGUUGAUUCAAGCCACCGGGUUAACAUCACCAGACAUGGAACACCCUUGACGUGUAAAUGGAGGACCGGAAGUGACUGUUCUUCGUCAGGGUCACUGUCUUUAGAUGACUCCUCGAUGUCAGAACGACCGAAGUGUUGGGUGGAUGAUGUCACAAUAUCAAGCGAUGCAUCUCAACACUCGCAGGAAGACACUGAGCCUUUUCCUGCAACAGAUAACAAGCCAAAUACGCAAAAACUCCCUGCCAACCCAACAGAAGCUACUAAAGCCAGUCCCCAGAAGGCUCUGACUUCUCCACCCGAAGGUUCAAAACUUAACCCACAAAAGACAUCUCCUAACUUCAUUGAGGGUAUGAAGAACACACAGAAGACGACUUCUAACCUUGUUGAUGGAUCCAAACUAUUACGAACUGGUUCUGGGUUUAUGACGGUGAAUGAGAAAGUAGGUUCUGAUACCCUGAACCAAGGACCAGGUGAGGGGGAGGGGGAUGCUGAGGACGCAGAUGAAGACAUCAACGACUUGAAGGACAUUCCUGAAAAUGUGUUUCCUGCUUUUCUGUGUCCGAGCAGUGAAAAGAAAUCCAGGCAAACAGCACUCAAAUACUGGCUCGCCAACACCUGCUUCUCGUGUGCUGAUAGACGUGUACCGCUAGUGUGAACCCUAGGUGAUGCUCCGUUAUCAUGGGAGGCGGUCGGGGAGCCCAGUGGUUAAAGUGUUUGCUCGUAACGCCGAAGGCCCGGGUUCGAUUCUCCACAUGGGUACAAUUUGUGAAGCCCAUUUCUGAUGUCCCCCGCCGUAAUCGUGAAGAGCGUAAAACCAUACUCACUCACUCCUUCUUCAUCUUGGAUCAUGACACACAUCAUAACAAGGUGGAACGUUAUGUAAUAGCUGUUGAAAUAUUUGACCUGCGACAUAUAUUAGUGAGGUUAGGUGAUGGUAAGUAGGAGGUGAAGUGUUACUGAGGAUAAGGAGUAGGGGGUGAAGCGCUUCUGAUGAUAGGGAGUAGGGGUGAAGUGUUACUGAGGAUAGGGAUCAGGGAGUGCAGCGCUUCUGAUGAUAGGGAGUAGGGAGUGAAGCGCUUCUGAUGAUAGGGAGUAAGGGUGAAGUGUUACUGAGGAUAGGGAGUAGGGAGUGAAGCGCUUCUGAUGAUAGGGAGUAGGGGGGAAGUGUUUCUGAUGAUAGGGAGUAGGGGUGAAGUGUUACUGAGGAUAGGGAGCAGGGAGUGAAGCGCUUCUGAUGAUAGGGAGUAGGGGGGAAGUGUUUCUGAUGAUAGGGAGUAGGGGUGAAGUGUUACUGAGGAUAGGGAGCAGGGAGUGAAGCGCUUCUGGUGAUAUGGAGUAGAGAGUGAAGCGCUUCUGAUGACAGAGAGUAGGGGUGAAGUGUUACUGAGGAUAGGGAGCAGGGAGUGAAGCGCUUCUGAUGAUAGGGAGUAGGGGGGAAGUGUUUCUGAUGAUAGGGAGUAGGGGUGAAGUGUUACUGAGGAUAGGGAGCAGGGAGUGAAGCGCUUCUGAUGAUAGGGAGUAGGGAGGAAGUGUUUCUGAUGAGAGGGAGUAGGGGUGAAGUGUUACUGAGGAUAGGGAGCAGGGAGUGAAGCGCUUCUGGUGAUAGGGAGUAGGGGGGAAGUGUUACUGAGGAUAGGGAGCAGGGAGUGAAGCGCUUCUGAUGAUAGGGAGUAGAGAGUGAAGCGCUUCUGAUGACAGAGAGUAGGGGUGAAGUAUUACUGAGGAUAGGGAGCAGGGAGUGAAGUGCUUCUGAUGAUAGGGAGUAGGGAGUGAAGCGCUUCUGAUGAUAGGGAGUAGGGAGUGAAGCGCUUCUGGCGAUAGGGAGUAGGGGUGAAGUGUUACUGAUGAUAGGGAGUAGGGAGUGAAGCGCUUUUGAUGAUAGGGAGUAGGGAUAAAGUGUUACUGAGGAUAGGGAGUAGGGAGUGAAGCGCUUCUGAUGAUAGGGAGUAGGGAGUGAAGCGCUUCUGAUGAUAGGGAUUUGUGAGUGAGGUGUGUUUGAAGGUAGGGAGCAGGGGGGAAGUGUUUCUCAGAAUACGGAGCAGGGAGUGAAGCGUUUCUGAUGAUAGGGAGUAGGGGGGAAGUGUUACUGAUGAUAGGAAGUAGGAAGUGAAGCGCUUCUGAUGAUAGGGAGUAGGGGGGAAGUGUUUCUGAUGAUAGGGAGUAGGGGUGAAGUGUUCCUGAGGAUAGGGAGUAGGGAGUGAAGUGCUUCUGAUAAAAAGGGAGUAGGGGGGAAGUGUUACUGAGGAUAGGGAGUAGGGAGUGAAGCGCAUCUGAUGAUAGGGAGUAGGGGUGAAAUGUUUCUGAUGAUAGGGAUUUGUGAGUGAGGUGUGUUUGAAGAUAGGGAGUAGGGGUGAAGUGUUACUGAGGAUAGGGAGUAGGCAGUGAAGCGCUUCUGAUGAUAGGGAGUAGGGGUAAAGUGUUACUGAUGAUAGGGAGUAGGGGUGAAGUGUUUCUGAGAAUACGGAGUAGGGAGUGAAGCGCUUCUGAUUAUAGGGAGUAGGGGUAAAGUGUUACUGAUGAUAGGGAGUAGGGGUGAAGUGUUUCUGAGAAUACGGAGUAGGCAGUGAAGCGCUCCUGAUUAUAGGGAGUAGGGGUAAAGUGUUACUGAUGAUAGGGAGUAGGGGUGAAGUGUUACUGAUGAUAGGGAUUAGGGGUAAAGUGUUACUGAUGAUAGGGAGUAGGGGUAAAGUGUCACUGAUGAUAGGGAGUAGGGGUGAAGUGUUACUGAUGAUAGGGAGUAGGGGUAAAGUGUUACUGAUGAUAGGGAGUAGGGGUGAAGUGUUACUGAUGAUAGGGAGUAGGGAGUGAAGCGCUUCUGAUGAUAGGGAGUAGGGGUAAAGUGUUACUGAUGAUAGGGAGUAGGGGUAAAGUGUUACUGAUGAUAGGGAGUAGGGGUGAAGUGUUUCUGAGAAUAUGGAGUAGGCAGUGAAGCGCUCCUGAUUAUAGGGAGUAGGGGUAAAGUGUUACUGAUGAUAGGGAGUAGGGGUAAAGUGUUUCUGAGAAUACGGAGUAGGGAGUGAAGCGCUUCUGAGGAUAGGGAGUAGGGAGUGAUGCGCUUCUGAUGAUAGGGAUUUGUGACUGAGGUGUGUCUGAAGAUAGGGAGUAGGGGUGAAGUUUUUCUGAGAAUAUGGAGUAGGGAGUGAAGCGCUUCUGAUGAUAGAGAUUCGGGAGUGAAGUGUUUCUGAGGGUAGGGAGUUUGGGACGAUGUGGUGGGAGGGGACGGGUGUAUGUUGGGGUAUAUUUCUGAUGAAAGGAGAGUUCGGCAAGUCAACCCAGCCAAGAUGUGUUAUCAUCCAGUAAGGUUGCAUGAAUAUAUUAUUAGUUUUCUUACACACGUUCAGAUACAUACAACAGGAUCGAUACUAUAGUGUACUGUUUGCUGGUUUGCAUUGCGUGUUGACGGCCAGGGUCGACCUUCUCGAACCUAUUAAUCAUUCAUUGUCAUUCUAUACGGUUCUGUGAAUGCAAGACAAUCCAUCGUUAAUAAAUAUUUAUUGCAUAA